AUGCAAGAUCAUGAAUUAGCAACUGCAUCCAAUCUCCAAAAGAGUCCAAUUGUUUCGAACUUUCUAGUUUUGGAAUGGGAUAUUUACGGAAUCCCCAUGAAUAAGAUCAAACCUUAUUCCAUGUGGUUAACUAAUUGCCGAGCUCCAGGAAUGGUCGAAGCCAUACCCAAUCGAAAAAAUCAACGUCGAAAAGGUCUUGAUGUAGUGGGUUCGUUCGGAUUGUUACAACCUACAGCAGAUGGUUCGAAAUUGAUUCUAAAGGAACCUAUUUCACCAAGUAGUGUUAAUUUCUCCCUUUUUAAAAUGGCUCCAGUGGCUACAUUCAUGUUAAGUAUGGUCGCUUUGGCCGUUGUACCUUUUGAUUAUGGUAUGGUAUUGUCAGAUCCGAACAUAUGGCUACUUUAUUUUUUUGCCAUAUCUUCACUAGGUGUUUAUGGAAUUAUUAUAGAAAGUCGGUUUAGUAAUUAA